UUUUCUAUUAUGCCAAGAAAGCCCUAGAGCUAGUAUUAUUCUCUAUAUAUCACCCCCGGCCCUUGAAUCAACCUAUAUAUAUAUAUCUUCUUCGUCCCGGCCGGAUAAACCCUCUUGAGAUUUCGUCACCAAGUUGAUGUGUUUAACCUCUGAAACAAACAGUUUAUGAUGAGCAACGUUCCGAGAUCUUUAACCGACUCUUCUCUAACCCUGUUCAAGCUAGCCAUCUCCGCUUCUGAUCCCUGGCCUUUCUCCCACGUUUUCGUUUUCUUGUAACCCCCCCAGUUCCAGAUUUUCUUUCGCUUUUUCUCUCGCACGCUAUAGCUGUUUCUCGGGGUUUUAAUUAUUAAUUCUCUUGAGAUGGGCAGUGGAGACAAUCACCUGCUCAAUUUUCAUCUGCAUGUUCCCGGAGGCCACCACCACGGCGGGAGGAAGGAUAUUCCGAAGGGCUGUUUGGCCGUCACGGUGGGUCAAGGGGCGGAGCAGCAGCGGUUCGUUAUUCCGGUGAUCUACAUUAACCACCCCUUGUUCAUGCAGCUGCUGAAGGAGGCUGAGGAAGAAUAUGGGUUUGAUCAGAAAGGACCCAUCAAUAUUCCUUGCCACGUCGAGGAAUUCCGGCAUGUCCAGGGCAUGAUCGAUCGUGAAAACCACCACCUCCGCCGCCACCAUCACCACCACCACCACCUUCUUUGCUUCAGGGUUUGAUUAAAAUUUAAUUCUGAUCAAAACAUCAUGUUAUGUCACGUACGGCCUGAUGAUUUGUUCAUUUGAAGCUUGAUCGAGUCACAUGUAAAUUUGUGGAAAUCUUUGAUUCGCCUUGCCUAGCUUCUUGUUUAAUUUUGAUCUUUAAUUUCUUCCUUUUUUUUCUUAAUCUUGGCAUUGCUAGCUGUAGACGUUGCUGUUGAAGAAAAAUUCAAGAACAAUAUAAUAAUAAUACGAAUAUUUUGAUUUC